ACGAGCGCGCGAAGGGGUGACUGGAGGCCGCUACACGCGCUGAGACUCUCAUAACUUUAUUAUUGCGCAGAUUUACAAGAGACAACUCGACUUUAAAUCUGUCGUCUUCGGUUGCUCGAAGACAAUGAGCAUCAACUCCUCCUGCCAGUCAGGGGGCUCACGUUCCCGUCGUUACAGGACUCGAGCUCACACCUCCCACGUUGAUGAGACACUAUUUGGAACUCCUAAGAAACUUUCGGAUUCUGAGAAGAUUUUUUCCCAAGAUCAUGGAGGAUCCCAGUCUCAUGGAAUGUCUCAUUCUGCCCCAAGUCGUCGCCGGAACACUCCUAAACAAGAGACCAUAAAAAUUGUCACUAAAGACCUUAUUCGAGACCUUAAAGUGCCACGCAAGGACCCUUCUGGCAUGUCAAUCAUCUUGUCACCUCUGGAGUUCAAGCGAAUUACAUCAGCUUCCCGAAUUCGAUCUGCUGAGGAGAGAGAAGCAGAAAUGUCAGCUAUACGAAGGGAGAAAGAAGCAGCAAUAGAAGCUUCUGAAGAUAGGAAAGCUUUGCUACGACAGGCUGAUUUCUCUCGAAGGAAGAAUGAAGGGCCAAGUGACUUAGAAGCAGAAGCCAGAGAACGCGCUCAGUAUUUGCUUGAGAAAGCCAAUACUCAGAGAUUAGAACAAGAAGAUGAAAUCAAAAAGAUGAAUGAGCUGAUUCUUGGGGCUCAGUGCCAUGCAGUGCAAGAUGCUCAGAUCUUAGAAAAGCAGCAGAUCCUAAAUGAACUGCAAGAGGAAGAAAGAAGGCUUGAUGCCAUGAUGGAGGUUGAAAGACGGAAAGCUAUUGAGAGACAAGAGCAAAUUGAAGCUUUAAGAAAAGAGCAAAGAAUAAUUGGAAAGCGGCAGAUCAUCGAUCAGAUAAAAGACAGAGACGAACAACGACUACUGGAAGAGGAAUUGAAGGAGCAAGAGGGACAGGAAGUGUUGGAAAACCUUGAAAAACUCCAGAUGGAAGAACUUCAGGCUCUAGAAGUCAAGAAACGGGAGCAACGUAGACUGCAGUUAGAAAUCCUGCAAAUCAAUGAGGAGAGUUUGAGAGCAAAAGCCAGGAAGAAAGAGGAAGAAAGGAUAGCUGACUUGAUGGCUCUAGAAUUUACUCGCAAAAAGAUGGAGCGUGACGCUGAAUAUGAGGCAGAGCAGGAACGCAUAAAAAAGGAAAAGGAGAAAGAAGUGGCCCGUCUGAGAGCAUUGCAAGAGCGAGAGCGGGAUCAUCGGGCAGAACAGGAUGCACUUCGAGCUCGCAGAAGCCAGGAGGCAGCAGAAAGAGAGUGGCGCCGAAAAGAAAAAGAGCAGGCACUGAAAAAAGCCGAGGAGGAUGAAAGGUUGAGACUAGCACGGCUGGAACAGGUGGCUCACAAAGAACAUGUCCAUGCUAUUCUGGCAGCGAGAGAGAGGGCCGAGUUUGAGAGAGUGAUCAAAGCUCAACAAGAAGAAAUUGCUCGGGGAAGAGAAAAAGAAGAGAGAUUGAAGAAAGAACAACUGACAUAUUCAGAUAUGGUGAGGCAGCAGAUCAGAGAGAAAGAAGCUCGGACAGUAAAGAAUCGGAUUGAGGUCUUUCAAGAGGUAGAGAAAAUGAGAGAAGAAGCCAGGAACAGGCAGGCACGCCUCAAUGAGAUAAAGAUCAAGAAACUCAGUGAGCUCAGAAAUGCUGGUCUCCCUGAAAAAUACUGCAAUGAAGUUGAAAGAAAGGUCCACUUUGUACCUCCCAUUGGCAACUAAGAAUGGAAAAACAGAGAGUAAUACAUCAAGCUAUUUGUAGAUUAUAUUUGUAGAUUACCUGGCCUAAAGAAGGCUAAUCAAAAAGUUUUUAAGUAUUUUAAAUCUAAGGCAAAGUAAAUUAAAUUUUACAUAAGUAAUUCA